CAGUCAUUCCUAGCGAUGAUAUUCAAUUCACAAACUUCAAGCGUUAUUCAUUAGUACUUCCACAGAUUGUUGCGUGAUAUUUUGUUUGCUGGAAGUCAGUUGACAGCAUGUCUGAUUUCCGGUAUUCCAACCCCAACAUGCCUGAUUGGUCCAUGCCGAUAGAGUCGGAUGGAAUGGAUGUGGACGAGAUACUCCAGUCCUGGGAUCCUGCCCGGACUUCCACGGCGAGUAACUACGAUUAUGGCGAGACACUAGGAGAGUUUCGGUACGAAGCAGGCGACUCUAAUGAAGCCGGGCAAGAAUUUGGGAAAGCCUGGCAUAUAGACUCGGGCGGACAAGGAUAUAACUUUGAAGUUCAGGACAUACGGCCCAGUUUCAGUGUUGACACUUUGAGCACACCAGUAGUCAAUCCGACAGCCUCGACCGACAGUUUAAACUUGAAUUCCCCCCAGCAGUUCUAUUCGCAUACCAUGCCCAAGAAUAAAGCCAUUGACAAGCAUGUCGUAACUCUACUCACAGCGGUUGCCGCCUUCUUGAGAAAUAAAGAACUAUUAGUGACAGAGGGCCAUUUCAAUUCCCUGAGCAAGCUCACCGGAGCACAUCCGGACGGGAUCAAAGAAUGGUUUGGACUGAAUAGUAUCAGCCCUCCAAGCUACGAUUCCGGAUACCAGUCCAGCUCAAACACCUCUUCCGACGAGGCGUCACCCUCCGUGUCGACCUCCCCUCCAGUCAACAAAGCCAAAUGCUUACCGAGCCGUUGCUGCCUCCCCUCCUCGGAUCGAAGCAGCUUGCGACGCGACCCCGGUAAAAUUUACCAAUGCACCCGAAAGUGCGGGAAACGCUACGGCCGAAAAUCGGAGUGGAAGCGCCACGAAGAAGACGCCUACCCCUUGAAGCAAUGGCAAUGCGCGCUCUGCAUCGCCCACGGCCGAUCGAUGCGCCUCACGUCAAGGCGGGAUAAGUACAUGCAACACUUCCGGAACAUGCACCCCGGAAUCGACCCUCGCCAGUACGAGGAUCAAAGCAUCGUGACGAUGGACGACAUCUUCCCCACAUGGUGUGGGUUCUGUCUGAGCAAUGCGGCAUACACAUCCCGUGAGGAGCGACUGGAUCAUCUCGAGAUGCACUUCAAGACCGGAAAGUGCAUGAUCGAUUGGGUCGAUGAAAAUUCGGCCGGGACGGGUAGUAGUGGCUACGACGACGAUAAUGGCGACAAUGAUGGCGACAGCUCUGACGGACCUGACGGAUCUGGCACGUCCGGGGGACCUCAUCUGCCAAAGGACCCUGGCGGUCAGAAUAAGAGGAACGGUGGCGAUCCGUCCAACCCCAAUGGUGCCUGGGGAUAUUUCUCGGGGUUUGGCGAUCAAUACCAAGGAAACAAUGUAUACCAGGGAGCCACUUCGUCGCGGUCCGCCUCGGAUAUUUCGCACAUCGACGCCCAGACAUCUUCUAUGGACGAAGUAACAUACCUCACCAGGCGUUUUGAGAGUCUCCUACGGGUCAAGCGCAUGAACAAUUUGCCUUCUACCACGACCUCUCGAAGCCCUUCUUCAUUUCCAGAGUCCCGUGCGACCCCUCCAUCCUACAGUUCACUCAGGAACAUCCCCACUAUCCCUACACCACCGAUUCAGAACCCUACCUCCUACCACGACCUCCGAGCUAUGCGACUCCAUAUGAGGCACGGCCUAGACGCACCUCGCAAAGCACCGACGCCUUCCCAAUCCCACAAGCCGCCACUCGAUCCCAACCGCUGCCGCGCCUGGACUGCUGACGUAUCCCGCCCCUCGGCCACCAUCUCCGACGACGAUGAUUUGCAACCGCACAACAUCCCCGCGCCUCGACCGAGCGGAUACGUGUGCCAGUUUUGCGACCGACGAUUCGACCUUGCGGAGGUCUACGAGCGCCAUUUGAAGCAUGUUCAUGGAGCGUGUCAGCAUUGUGGGGAGAGGUUUCCGGAUGUAUUUCAGCGGCUGAGACACACUAGGAGAUGUGCGCUCGCAUCGAUGUCCCCCGCUGCAGGUCAUUCAGGUCAUUCUCACGAAGGAUUUAAAACACUCCUGAAGGGGUAUAUUACACCUUCCCGACCUGGUAUUCCCCGUCCAAUCUCCUCGGAUUCAUACUUGCAGCUUCGAUGCAAACAGGGUGGAACUCCAACCUCGACCGUGACCACGGGGUUUGUAGCCACGGGUGACCAGCCGCGAUCCCACCGACUCACGAAACCGCAAUUCGAUGUUCUCGAGGCUCAAUUCCGGCUUGACCGCCGGCCAACUACAGUGACGAAGGAGGCGCUUGCGGAACAGUUACACACGACGUUGGAGAAGGUCAACACCUGGUUCCAAACCCGGCGCAUUAGACAAAAACAUAAUCUCCAAAUGCAGUUAACGCUCGAUCCCUCCAUUAACCCUACCAUAGCAGGCAUUCCAAUGGACUAUCUGGAAACGGACGCACUAUGCGGCAACACGGUGACCGAUCCGAUUCUACCAUCCUCCGGUAUCGAGAGUCUUGGACUUCCUGAGCAAGUCGUCCGGACGUGGUUACGCACUCCGUUGGACGACCUACCAAGACCUCUACUUUGGAUCCGGGGGAUGGGGAAGUCUCAACUCAUGAGAACGAGUCGUUGCUUUAAUCCCGAUGCCAAGGUUAAUCAAGACGCUGGUGUUCUAUGCGAUCCAUCUAGGAGAGAUGACUCGAUGAGACAUAAUCCUUUCCCAUUGCAAGUUCCAGCUAUACAAGAGCAAAGCCUUCAAAAACAAGCGAUGAAUCAGUUAGAAUACAUCGAGAGCUCUAGAAGAGCAAAUAACAGGGGCCGAAAAGGUCCACUAACUCUAGCAUCCCAUCGAUCCGCUGCUCAAGCACGCGAACUGAGAAUAUAUCAAACGCCAGCCGUCAGCGUCACCGACGGACGGGCAUUCUUUGCCAGUUCAGCGGCGGAUAUAUUCGCCGGUUUCGCUCUUGCGAAUCUCUUCGCACUGGUCAAUAAAUCGAUCGAGGAGAUAAAUAAGAUGAACAGGGCAAUCUCCGCGCUGAGAUCGUUUGAUCUCGAUGGUUCCGAAAAACAGCUCCGAUUGCUUGCCAAAGGGGUUCAAGAUCUAGGACCUGCCCCACCACAAGAUGGUACCCUUUAUUGGGCGCUCCGGAUGGACCAUCCGACAUUCCACCUUGCUAAAAGCUCGGAAGCAGGGAAAUCAGAUCUCGUCUCCGAUUAUGCGUGGACCAUCAACGACGAGUUGUCUUAUCUAGCAGCAUGGAUUCCAGUCAGCCCCCUCAGGCUGUCUGGGAUGCGAAGCGGCUAUGUCAAGCUUGAUGUGCGGACCAGAAACGACCUGUGGUCUUGUCUAGCGGCAUGUAUUCACGCCAUCGUCGAGGGGCUGGCUGGAGUGCCACGCAGCUAUGUCAAGGCUGAUCCUGUCGGAUCGACUCUGGUUUCGUUAGGUCCCUCGUCGCUCGCUCUUUGUGUGUCGUUGCGGAAAAGGGACGGGGAGUUGGGGGAGAAGAGGUGCCUUUCGCCGUUGUAGGAUCGAUCUGCUGCUCGUAAGAGGGGUUGAAGGGGUCAGGGUCGCAGGAGUAAGGGUUCAUCGGAGCGAUGUUUCUACAGGCAUGGUGGUUCAGUGUGAACGGGUUUCAAUCUGGGUUGGUCCUGU